GGCCGCCGUCUGCCACGUCCAGAUGAGGUCUGAGAGGAGGGAUUUCCCGUCGCCUUGAGAGAAGUCUGGGGCCGGGCCGGGACUGGACUGGUAGCGCAGCCAAGGCAGGUGCCGAGCUCGCUUACAUCCUCCAUUCCCGCAGGUGUACAGCCUGAGAGGAGGCAACAAUGAAUGGGCAAUUGGAUCUCAGUGGGAAGCUCAUCAUUAAAGCUCAGUUAGGUGAUGAUAUACGCAGAAUCCCUAUCCACAAUGAGGAUAUCACCUACGAUGAACUAGUUCUGAUGAUGCAACGGGUGUUCCGUGGGAAACUUCAGAGUAAUGAUGAAGUCACAAUCAAGUACAAAGAUGAAGAUGGAGAUCUUAUAACCAUAUUUGAUAGCUCAGAUCUUUCUUUCGCUACCCAAUGUAGUAGGAUACUUAAGCUUACUUUGUUUGUAAAUGGACAGCCGCGGCCAUUGGAGUCAAAUCAAGUUAAAUAUCUUCGCCAGGAACUCAUAGAACUUCGGAAUAAAGUGAACCGACUGCUAGAUUGCCUGGAACCACCUAGCGAUCCAAGUAUUUGUGCCAACAUCCCUGAAAAUGAUGCUGUUGAUGGAAGGGAUGGAAAGCCUGUGGCACCAGACUCCACAAUUAAGCAGCCUGUUCCUGUUAGUGCUGCCAGUAUGUCUGCCUUUGAUCCCUUAAAAAAUCAAGAUGAAAUCAACAAGAAUGUAAUGUCAUCAUUUGGCCUGACUGAAGACCAGGUUUCUGGUCCUCCAACUGCACCGAUUGAUGAAAGAUCAGGAACACCAGACAGUAUUGCCUCUUCCUCAUCUGCUGCUCAUCAGCCUGGAGCUCCACAGCAUCAGCAGUCCUAUACAGCAGUUCAACCUCAGGCUGGCCAGAUGGAAGGUCAAAUGUAUCCACAGUACCAGCAACCAGGAUAUACACCUCAGCCACAGCAACCACAGGCUCAGCCACACUAUGGAGCACCAUACCCAGCUUACAGCCAACCAGCAUCAUCCCAGCAACCGGCUCCACAAUUUCAAGCUUUCAAUCAGCAAGCAUCCCAAGCUCCUGCCCCUGGAUUCUCCACUCAAGCCCAGCAAGUGCCAUCACAGCCUCCCCAGCAGUUCCAAGCAGGUUCCUUCACACCACAGAAUUAUACAACGCAAGCUUCUCAGCCAGCUAAUUACACCAUGCCUCCAGGCUCCCAGCCUGGUAUAGCUCCAAAUCAACCAGGGAGUUACCAGCCAAGGCCAGGAUUCACAUCUUCCCCAGGUAGCAACGUGACUCCACCACCAUCGGGAUCAAAUCCGUAUGCACGUAAUCGUCCCCCAUUUGCUCAAGGGUAUACCCAGCCUGGGCCAGGGUAUCGAUAAGCUGCUGCAGUUGUUCAGAAAGCUGCAAGCAAACCUAUUGUCCGAGGUAAUAAUUUCCAUCCAUCGCACACCAGGUGCAAACCAUUUAUUGAUUUGGAAACAAUUUAUAAUCUAAAGCUGUGCAAGCCUUCUAGUAACUUCUGAAUAAUGGAUUUUGUUUGCUGAGGAAAGAGACCAAAUAGAUUUGUUUUCUUAUUUUCUGCUUUCAAAUUUAUCAGCAUCAUAGCGUAAAAUUAUUUUCUUGAGACACUACUUAAACGUGUUGUGAUUUUGAUCUUGUAGAUUGCCUUGGCAAAAGAACAGUAAGUAAUAAAAUGAUAGUUUGUAAGUAGGCCACAAAUGCGAUUCAUUUUUAUUGUUAAAUGAUUAACAAAUGUACUAAUUGAAGUAAAAUUCAAAGUAAUAUGUACAAAUUAAUAUUCUCUUGCAAAACUAAAUAAAAUGAUUUAAAUCAAUAA